UUUGUUUUGAUUUUUAUUUGUGAAUUCAACAAUCAGUUUUUAAUUAAAUUAAGUGAGAAGAACGAUUAAUUAUGGCAAGUGGACCGAUUGCAGAGAGGAAUCAAGAUGCGACAAUUUAUGUUGGAGGACUUGACGAGAAAGUUACAGAGACUUUAUUAUGGGAACUAUUUGUACAGGCUGGACCAGUUGUGAAUGUUCAUAUGCCCAAAGACAGAGUAACACAGCUACAUCAAGGAUACGGAUUUGUGGAGUUUCUCGGUGAGGAAGAUGCUGACUAUGCAAUUAAAAUUAUGAAUAUGAUUAAGUUAUACGGAAAGCCAAUAAGAGUAAACAAAGCGUCAGCACAUCAAAAGAAUCUGGAUGUUGGUGCUAAUAUUUUCAUUGGAAACUUAGAUCCAGAAGUGGAUGAGAAGUUGCUUUAUGAUACAUUCUCUGCAUUCGGUGUAAUUCUUCAAACCCCAAAAAUCAUGAGAGAUCCAGAAACAGGAAAUUCUAAAGGAUUUGCAUUUAUCAAUUUCGCUAGUUUUGAAGCUUCAGAUGCAGCUAUGGAUGCUAUGAAUGGACAAUAUCUUUGUAAUCGACCAAUCUCAGUUUCUUAUGCAUUCAAGAAAGAUUCUAAGGGUGAGAGGCACGGCUCAGCAGCCGAAAGAUUGCUUGCAGCACAAAAUCCACUCUCACAUGCUGAUCGUCCUCAUCAACUGUUUGCUGACGCUCCAGUUCCACAGAUGAUUCCAAUGAUGAACCAAAUGAUGCCACCACCUCCUUUACCGACAGGAAUUCCAAAUCCACCGAUGGGACAGCCUCCAUUCCCACCAUCGAUGCCUGUAAUUCCACCACCAGCACUCGCCCCACCACCCCCUUUACCCCCAAGUGCAUCAUGGCCACCAAAUCCUCCAGCAUUUCCCCCACCCCCACCUCCUCAAGUUUACUUUUAAAGUCAUCAAGCUUCUUCGUUUUUUGUACGAAACACAAUGAAAAGGA